AAACGUUCCGUAAUCGUGUAUGUCAUACUCUCAAUCAAGGAAAUCACGAGAACUCGCUGCAACUGUUAACAAAUUGUUAAGAGCAAUGCUAGGGGCACUCGCCUCUUGCACUCUCCGGCCAACACUUCCGCUUUCAUUGGGCCACGUAAGCCUGUUUCAUGCUUUGAAGUGCAACCUCUUACCCACCGGAAUAACGUGGCCCAAUAAAAGUGAAAGUGUUGGCCGGAGAGUGCAGGAGGCGAAUGCCCCUAGCACUCCGCCAGUGUUAAUGCUCAAAACACAAAGGUGCCGACACCAUUAUGAGGAACAGUUGGGUUCGAUGCCGACUGCUAUGGGAUUACCAUUGACUUUGCGUCAACGUUUCCCACCAACGUCGCCCACGGUUCAGCGCAUUGGCAAAAAGGGUAGAUCACCCUCCUCGAUCGAAGUUCAGAUCACCUCUCACUCAGUUUUGCGAUUACUCUCUGUCGAACCUCAUAUCACCUCGCUCCUUUAUUCUAUCUCUCUCUUUAGAACCUCAGAUCACCGUCCUCUCGUCGCCACCUUCGUCCUUCACUCCCUCCGUUCUUUGAGAUAUCUCUCCAUCAUCUUCAACCUUCAGCUCAGAACAUUUAGUAGAAAAGGUUGCCACUUUCAGCCAAACGCUCUGGAGGUCUCUCCGUUUUCAGCGACCUACGGCUGUUGUUUGGCAUGUACUCGUAGACCAAAAUCUUCUCUUCUCCCUCAACGCAACAUCCUAGGAGUUUUACAAGAUUUCGGUGUUGGAGACUGGAGAUGACCAACACUUCGUUCUUAAAUUCGUCUACCCCUUGCCCUGAUGCCCUUGACAGUCUCUUUACCGCUAUUUCCUGUCCAUUUUGCAAUGUUCCCUAGAAAAGAAAAAAAAGGUUAGUAAAGAUUUCAUUUCAUUUGACAUACUAUAUAUCAAAACUAUGCAGCUAGAAACUAACAUUUACCCUGUAUACGGGACCAAAACCUCCCUGUCCUAGCAGAUUUGUCGUAUUAAAGUUGUUUGUUGAGGUUGCCAAUUCCACAAAUUUGAAUAAUGUUACCUCUCGGAGUUCAACAUUGCUUGUGCUGGUUUUCCCUUUAUCAAACAACAUAUCUUCUGUAUUCUCGUUCCUUACUGAAUAAAUAUGAAGUAAAUGCUGCAUUAACAGUUACUUAGGGUACAUUUAAGAUUGCAGUUAGAAGCCUUUUCUCGUAGCCCGUAUAGUGCUUUGUAAUAGAUAUGUAUUUGUUAA